AUGCUGGCCAAGCCAUCGAGAGCAACUGUGGAGUCGCGUGGGUGGCUCUCGCUCUUGCGCACAAUGCUCUGGUUCAGUGUCCUGGCAUACAUUCCCAUGUCGGCGACGUACUUUCUGCGGUCCGACCCGAGGAAACCACGACUGCAAGACUUCGUGCUGGCCCGCCUCGUCUCUGAUACCUUUGCGUAUGGAGUGGGGUCGGGUAACGACGGACACGGAGAAGCAUACGUUGAAACGCACGCAACGAUGCUGCUCCAUUCUCUCGCCGGAAGUAUCGCGCUGGCCCUAGGCCUUUCCCAGUUCUCCGACAGUUUCCGUAAGGCGUAUCCGACUGUCCAUCGGUGGUUCGGCUACGUGUACGUCACCUGCGGAGGCACUCUGGUCCCCCUCUCAGCUGUGAACUUUCUCCUGCGCACCGGACCGCUCGGAACCUUCUCCGGGCCUUCAUUUGCGUUUAUUCUGUGGUUGCUCUCCGGAGCAACUGCGCUGACCGCCUUUCUCGCCCUCCAAGCUGCCAUGCAGCGUAAGAUUGAACGACAUCGAGACUUGAUUGCACUCAACUUUGCGUUCAUGUGCAGCGCACCCUUGCUGCGCUACGCCUGGAUAGUUCUCGGCAACUUCUGGGACGAAACAAAGGAGUUCAUCAACUUGAUUUCCGGUGUUUGGGCCUCCAGCUUCUUGCUUUGCUCCGCCAUCUUUUAUAUACGCACGCGCAAAGGACGACCACAGCAUCCACGGAAGCCCAUCACUGCUCCGACGAUUGUUGCUGUUCUUGCUUCAGCUGUCCUCGGAACUCUUUUUCUCGCCGCCAAGAUCCCUGCCACCCAAUGGUGGCGCCCUGUGCCGUUGUUCUGGUGCACUGUGCCGCCGCUGGUGGUUGAGCAAACCGCGUUUCUUGUCCUAGCAAUAGCUGCUACAGAUGACAACAGUCGGGCUUACUGGCACACGUUUAUCUUGGGGCUUUUCACGUUCCCUCUCUGGGCUUCUGUGUCGUUUGAGAUCUGUCGUUAUCUUCUUCACGGCGACAGCGGGACUGCCUGGUACUCGGCCGUGGUUGGUGGUUGGGGCGUGUCAGGCUUUUUCAGCUUCUUGGUCAACGUUUAUUCGACUUCGUACUUGGUUGACGACCGAAAGCAUUUUUCUGAUGCUAUCAAGCCCAAAGCAUUGCUUUGA